CAAGUCCAUUCCUCUUCAGCCUGCAGGCUCAGAGGAGCUCGGGCACAGGUUGUGUUUUUUAGGCUCUUGUAAAGGAUGCAAGAGCACCCCGAUUUCUGUAAUCCUGCAGGAUGGGGCAAACCCUCUCAGACAGCCGUGCAGGCAGACCAGAGGCUCCAAGGCUGGUAGAUGAGGGUAAAGCUCCCCGCUGUGAUGGGCUCUGCUCCCUGACACGUGGCACCUGGGGGUUAAAAGCAGCACCGGAGCAGGGUUGGCAGCUUUGUGUCGGUGGCUGUGCCCAUGGAGGGCGUGUCGCCGCUGGAGCGGUACCUGGAGAGCUGCAGCGGGCAGGAUGACUUCUCCACUAGUCCUCAUCUGUUCUCUCCUGUGAGCCCUUAUGAUUUAGAACUUCCAAUUCAAGCAUCUUCCCAGUUAAGUCAGUCCAAGGAGCUCCAUACAGACUUCUCCUCCGUGGACCUCAGCUUUCUCCCAGAUGUCACCCAAGAUAACAAAGAACAAAACCUCUCAGAGGAUGGUCAUGAAACCCAAAAAGAGCUUGAUGGGUCACUACCAAGUAAGGAGGAGAGUGGUGUUUUCAUGGAUGAAAGCAGCUUGUCACAUCCAGGUGCAGCUCAGCCAUCUCCUGAAGCACCUGGCGAGUGUCCUCCCCUGACUCCCCUAACUCCGAUCACCCCGGCAACAUCUGCCUCAGAAAGUUCUGGAAUAGUCCCCCAGCUACAGAAUAUCGUGUCAACUGUAAACUUGGGUUGUAAACUGCAUCUGAAGAACAUAGCUUUGCGUGCCAGAAAUGCAGAGUAUAACCCAAAGAGGUUUGCUGCUGUGAUCAUGAGAAUCAGGGAGCCACGAACAACAGCACUCAUCUUCAGUUCAGGAAAAAUGGUCUGCACAGGAGCAAAAAGUGAAGAGCAGUCAAGGCUGGCAGCCAGGAAAUACGCACGGGUGGUGCAGAAGCUCGGCUUCCCUGCCAAGUUCUUGGACUUCAAGAUCCAGAAUAUGGUGGGGAGCUGUGAUGUGAGGUUCCCCAUCCGCCUGGAAGGCUUGGUUCUCACCCACCAGCAGUUCAGCAGCUAUGAACCUGAACUAUUCCCUGGCCUGGUUUAUAGGAUGGUCAAACCAAGGAUAGUGCUGCUUAUCUUUGUGUCUGGGAAAGUUGUACUGACUGGAGCAAAAGACCGUUCUGAACUCUGUGAGGCAUUUGAGAACAUCUACCCCAUUUUAAGAGGUUUCAAGAAACCAUCGUGACACGGCUCCCAAAGCAAUCCAGAAUAACACCUGGGCUUGUGCUGCUGUGCAUGGAGCAGAACCAAGGGCAUUCCUGGACCCAUCUCUGGAUUAUUAAGCAAAUUAUUCUUUUCUGAAUGCCACAUAUGCUGAUUUCUUUCUGUAACUUGUGAAAUGUUCUUUUCUUUCAGAUUAUCUGUCUGUAAUCCACCUAAGUUCUGACAAUUUCUGUCAAGUUAAAACACUUGAUAAAUGCAUCCACUUUUAAUAGAAUGUAUGUUAAGGUGGCACUUAAAAAUAUUUUGUAAUAGAAAAUUUAGUAAUUUGUCUCUUUCCCUGUUGAACAGGUGAAUCCACACUGCACUUCAAAUUGGCUUAAUCAGCAUCCUCAGCUCUAAGGGUCCUGAAUUGCUCCUGCAGUGUUGUAGUUUCAUGUUUAAGCUGAACAUACAUUAUUGUCUACAACAUGGUUUACAAAAUCCUGCAUGAGUUGAUUUUGGUGGUUAGAACACAAGUUCUGGAAUCGCCCUGAUCCCACUGGCUGGAUAAACUCUUUGUGUGUGAGGGUACAGGGUUUUCUUCCACAGAGGAGACAUUCCAGGCCCUGGCUGCUGGGAUAUAGCUAGAAAAUCUGUGGGUGGUGGGGUCUAACUAAUUAAAUUGUCUAAUUUGACAUGGGACAAGUUAAGAGUUUAACCAAAUGGGUACCCACUUGUAUUACUCCCUCAGAUGAUGGGAGUUUGGUGCAGACAGAAGCAUGUUGGUUUGGAACUUUGUUAAAAAUAGAUUUGAGGAAAAUACAAAAAGCCUUGGAUGCUCA